GUGGCGGUAAUUCCUGGAGCUGCUUAGCACCAUAGUGCCAUGGAGUUUCCAGACCUGGGGGAACACUGCUCAGAGAAGUCCUGCAAGCGCUUGGAUUUUCUUCCUAUGAAAUGUGAUGCCUGUGAAGAAAUCUUCUGUAAAGACCACAUCACUUAUGCAAAUCACAAGUGCACUUCAUCCUAUAAAAAGGAUGUUCAGGUACCAGUCUGCCCCCUGUGCAAUACCCCAAUUCCAAUCAAAAGAGGAGAAAUGCCAGACAUUAAGGUCGGGGAGCACAUCGACAGAGACUGCCAGUCAGACCCCGCGCAGAGGAAGAGGAAGAUCUUUACAAAUAAGUGUUCCAAGGGUGGUUGCAAGCAGAAAGAAAUGAUCAGAGUGACGUGUGACCAGUGCCACCUGAACUUCUGCUUGAAGCACCGACAUCCUCUGGAUCAUGACUGCAAGACGGGCAGCCGCCCCAUCUCCAAAGCUGGGUAA